UUGUGUGACACUUGGAAGUUAGAGUCCAACAUCCAAGCAAAGGCCCGUGAAACAUGGAACUGUUAUGAGAUGUUAUGAGCUGUUCUUGUUUCGUGUCUCUUUUUGUGCGGCAGUGUAGCUUUUGAAUGUGAUGUUAUAUAAUGUUUUCUGAAUAUUGUUUCCGCUUGGUCGGGUAGGUGCAGCUCUAGGCGGACCUUGUUUGCAGACCUGUGAGGAAAGCCCGUCCAAAGGCUGCAAUCCGAGGACCCCGUUCUGGUCGGUUUGGCGUGUCGAGCCGACGAAAUCCAGAUCUUUAGACCGAGCGACCGAGAGACGUUCAACGUCACAAUAGCUCCGUUUGUGGGGAAAGGUGCUGAUUUGUCCGUUGGAUCGGUUCAGAGCCCGCUUCGGAUCGGUUGACUGCGGUUUUUGGUCAGCCGCCAGCGUUUUGAUCUCGUGCAGGCAGAGAAGCCAGAUCAGGCAAGCUAGACCAAGAGGAGCUUUCGAAGAAAAUGGAUGAUCAAACGCCUAUGCACCGACAGGAUCACCGCCCAAAGCCAAAAGGGAGAGCAGUUAAAGCUGCCCCCCAGGCCAAGCGGCCAAGGAUGACAGAUGUGGAGGUGCGCAAGCAGCCAAACACGGCGAACCCACAGCAUCCAAGCCUGCCGGAGGAGGAGUCCUCGUCCGAGUACUCUUACUACAGUGAUGAGGAUGGAGAAUCCUCCAGCAGCGAGGAGAAAGCCCAUCCAGCUGGGGCAGUCCAAGGCGGAGAAGCCAGAUCAGGCAAGCUAGAUCAGGAGGAGCUUUCGAAGAAAGUUGAAGGUCAAAUGACUGUGCACCAACAGGAUCACCUGCGCCAUGCAAAGCCCAAAGGGAGAGCAGUCAAAGCGGCCCCCAAGGCCCGGCAGAUCACAGAUGUUCAGGCGCCCAAGCAGCCGAACACAGCGAAUGCACAGCACCAAAGUGUCGCGGAGGAGGAGUCCUCCUCCUCCGAGUGCUCCGACAUCCGUGAAGAGGAUGGAGAAUCCUCCAGCAGCAGUGAGGAGUCAGACGAAAACAAGUGAAGACGUAUCGAGCAACCAUGGAUGUUACGUGCUCGAUUGGAUUGAAC